GAUAGAGAAGCUGACGGGGCUGGAUGUUGUUAACUGGACUAUAACCCUCAAACAUCAGGACGUCUUUUACUGUGCCUCAUCAGGUUCAUCCCUGAUCGGAAGGAAGAGAUCCGUCUGAAUUUGUGACCAUUAGGUGUUCAACCAGCCAGGAGCAAACCCACUCAUUCAAGUUCCUCAAGCUCCAAAACUAACUGGCUCUUCAACAUCUUCCCAUGCAUCAGUAUGUUCCCCAGCAUGCCUACAAUCCCAUCAUGCUCCACUCCUUGACCACCACACCUGCUCAGAUGGGAUCGCAGGACAAUAAUUUCAACAUGCACCUCCCCAGAGCGAGGACGAGGCGCUCUUUUGCUCCUGUCACUGCCUUUCACAAAGCAGCGCAGACACCCUUCAGUUCAACAAAACGAGGGAGAUGUGGCGCCCUGCAUGUCAGGAUUGCAUGGAAGAUAUAUUACCAGAAGCAAAUCAAGGAAAUGCAGCAGAAACCCAACAGUUUCCACCAAGAUCUGACAUCUGAGUAUCCUGCAUCCAGUUUACCUGACAAGGAAUCAGAGCAGCCCUCCUGCUUUCAGCCAAAGAUUGACUCUCCCUAUAAGCAUCCUUCAUUUGGAAACACAAGUGACAGAAGUGAGCCAGGAAAAACAGCAGGACAUUCAAACCUCUUCAACAGAAGAUAUCCCGCUGAAUAUUUCCAAUCAUCACCAGCGCCUUACAGCCAUACUAACAAAAGGGAGAAACUGGAACAGCCCCUAAUCCUGAACCGGAGAGAGGAACUUGAUGAAAAAGAGAAACACGGGAGCCAACAAGUUGAAACAACAGACACUUCACCUCCAAGAGACAAAUAUUUGAAUCCAACUCCUGAACCUGAACACAGCAGAUCACAUGGCAGGAAGAGGCAGCUCGAAGGUGUCAGCUCCAUUCGAUGUAAGAGGGUGAAGCAAGAAAUUGUAGAUGACAGGUCUGAUCCAUCUCCGCUCAGUACAACUCACACCAUGCCAGAGCAACACAUAAACACACAUGCUUUGUCCGGCCUGUAUCCAAACAGCAGUAGAUGUCAUGUCACUAGAACACUUGUCACUUAUCCAGGAUCUGACAUGCAUCCCCACCUAACUGCUUCAUGGGAUCCAAUUGGGGGUGUUCACAAGAUCAUGGAUCUCUACUCUAGACAACAUCUCCUAAAAGAUUAUUCUUUGAAUACCUGCAGAGCGAUCAAGGUACCUCCUGUUGCAAUGAGGCAAAGAGAGACUUUUGGUUACUAUGCGCCGCCUCUUUAUUUCCCUCUUGCUUUGAUGCAACAGCAAUCUUUUUACCUCAGUUCACGUCACAUGAACAGUCAUCUCCAUCAUCCUGGCUGACUGACAACAUCCUACCUGAGAGGAAAGUAGAUAUUCCCAUGAGAUAGAUUACCCAUUACUUCCUGUCUGAUAGGUUCACUUGUCACAUUGCUUCACAUUAUUUCAACAGGCCUCCAGUGUCCAGGAUGUAGAAAAAACUGUGGACGUGGAUAUCUAUUGAUUCAUUUAUCAAAAAAAUAUACUCUUUGCAUUAAAACAGCUUCAUUUGAGCAACAAAUAUUAUUAACAAACAUUGAUUUCUUAAAUGCCUUUUGGCGACUUUAUAGUCAUACUUAACUGUAAUGCUUCCCUUUGAUUGAAAGGUUGUUGUUUUUAAGUUAUAAGAUAUAUUAGGAUGCAUGUGGUUGUUUUAUUUUUUUGGCCAGGUGAUCAAUUAUCUUGUUUGGAAGGAAAGAAGUUUAAAAAAGAUAAUUGCAAAUCUGCCAAACUAAAAGGAAAUGCAGCUGAUAGAGUCUCUGUGAUUUGUGCAUUAAGCUUAAUUUAGUAUGUUCUACAAUGUUUACAAUGAUAUAAUAAUACAUGCUAUCAUGCUGAUGUUAGCAUGUAUCAUUUUCACCAGGAUCACCAUCUUAGUUUAAAAGUAAUUGGCACUUAACACAAAGUAAAGCUGAAGGGAACGGCAUUAGGUAUUUGGUCAUAAACCAAAGUAUGGACAAACUCAUUUUGGGGCUAUUUUGUCGUUUCAUUACAAAGUUAAG